AUGUCUCGACGCGCUACGCCGGGCCAGGCGGCCCAGAAUCAACAGAUGAUCAAAAGUCUGCUGAAACUUGAGUCCAACAAGAUAUGUGCUGAUUGUAAACGCAACAAGCGUGAGUGUCCAUUUCUCCCCCUCCGAGAUGUUGGCCCACUCACGCGGAACCGUGUCGCCUUGUCGCUUCCUCUCAAAUCUGGGUUGCUGACUUUCUUUCGCUCAGAUCCACGAUGGGCGUCUUGGAAUCUGGGUAUAUUUAUCUGCAUUCGUUGCUCGGGCAUUCACCGUGGCAUGGGUACACACAUCAGUCGGGUCAAGUCCGUGGAUCUUGAUGCCUGGACCGAUGAACAACUCCAAAGCGUGGUGAGAUGGGGCAAUGGGCGAGCAAAUAAGUAUUGGGAGGCCAAGUUGGCACCUGGACACGUUCCAUCGGAAGCUAAGAUCGAGAACUUCAUUCGAACAAAGUACGAGACCAAGCGCUGGGUGAUGGACGGAGGAAUGCCAGACCCCUCGACCCUGGAUGAUGGAGAUGAUGACGUGGUGAGUGAUGGAACACAGGCGAGUUGCCACACCCAGUCAGCCCCCGCACAACGUAAACAAGCCCCGAUCGACCUGUUCGGUGACGAUAUGAUCUCUGCCCCGCCUCGCCCGAGUACAACCGAGCCCACACCUCGUGCGCCUCCCAGGCAAGCGCCGCCUGCACAGCAAAAGACUCAUAAGCCGGCUGAUUCCUUGCUUGGUCUGGACUUUUUUGGCAGCACCCAGCCCUCGGCCGGCGGCCGCCCCUCGAGUACAGCAUCAACACCUGCCGCUCCCACAGGCAUGUCUCGACCGGACCUGAAACAAUCAAUCUUAUCCUUGUACUCAAAGCCCCAACCGGCUCCUGUUCAGCAUGCGCGGAUCAAUUCCUUUGGUGACUUGGCCUCUCCACCACCUUCCUCCACGGCGUCGAACAUGGGCGGUCUUACAGACGCCUUCAGCGGACUCAGCUUCCCCUCUACAACUUCUCCUCCCCCUGCCAAGCCAGCUGAGAAGCCAUCUCCAUUUGCCAACCUCGCCAAUUUUUCGAACACCAAGUCGACCCCCGCGGCGCCCAGAGUUACCUCUCCUUCAGGCUCAGCUAGUGGUGAUCUAUUCGAUAGCUUGACCUCUCCUACUCUGUCAGCACACAACCCCCAGUCGCGCAAUGCUUCUAUCUCCAGUGGUGGACAGGACUUUGGCUUCGGCGGCUUUGCCUCCCCAUCCACCAAGCCUGCAAAGCCCAACCCUCCUUCGUCUCUCUCGAACGACUUUCCUUCCAUCCAUCCCCCAGCGCCUGCUAAGCCUACAGUGCCGGUUGCAACCGCGGCUGCUGGCGGCGUCAUGUCUGCCAGCAUCGACCCCUGGGGUGGUAAUGCAUGGGGAACCCCAGACCCCGUACCUGCGCCCGCCCCCGCGCCGGCUGUGUCGUCUACUUCCAACAUGAUGAAUCUUCCUGAUACCUUGACCGCCAACGAUAUUGGCAGUGGCUGGGGCGCACCAUCCAAGCCCACGCCCACCGUCGCAGCCGAUGAGGACUUUGGUGGCUGGACGAGUGCCGCCCCUGUUUCCUCUGGUACUACUUCAACCACGACCUCCAAGCCGGCUGGCGGGUUUGGCGGUGGAGCUGAUGACCUCUUCUCCAAUGUGUGGGAAUAA